AACACGGUUUUUUUCGGCAAUGCCGGUGGCUACUGGCUUCCACCGUUUCGUAUCGGUGCCGACACUGACUACAGGACACACGCACGGAAUAUCAGAGACAUGGAGAUACGCCCUGAUGAUGUCAUGAUAUGCUCGUAUCCCAAAACAGGUCUCCAUUGGCAACAAGAGAUUGUAAACAUGCUGAUGCAUAAAUCAGAUACACUGAGCAGCGAGUCAGAGAACAACAUUUGUUUCUUGGACGUCCGACCCAUACACAUCUUCGCAAACAUCGAGUCGCCCAGACUGAUUGUUACUCAUGUGCCAUUCAGAUACCUCCCCAAGCAAGCAUUGGAAAAGAAAAUUAAAAUAAUAUACUUGGACAGAAAUCCAAAAGACGUUCUUGUGUCUUAUUACAACCAUGUUCACGAGCAAGUAUACCCCAUGCACUAUUCGGGAACAUUUGAGCAAUUUGUUUACCUCAAUCUGGAAGUUGGUUAUAAGUACGGCGACUUAUUCACAUAAUUGAUGGAUUGGCAAAAAGGUAUUGACGCUAAUCCGAAUAUUCCUUUCUACAAAUCAGUUUACGAAGACAUGAAAAUUGAUGAAAAAGCUGGCGUGAAAAAACUGAAUGAGUUUCUAGGGACUGGAUGUAGCGAGGAGCUGUGUGAAAACAUAGCAGAGGCUUGUAGCUUCGAGAGAUUGAAGCGCUUCAAAGAGGCAAAUGCACCAGAAAAUAAAAAAGCAACGUUUCGCAAUAGACAAAUAGGAUUUUAUAGGAAAGGUGCUGUUGGCGACUGGAAGAACUGGUUCACUGAAGAUUUAAACGAAGAAUUCGAUAGGGAAUACAAGAAACACAUGGCUGGCUACAGAACGGUUUACAAAUAUACUUUAAA